AUGAAUGAAACUAAUCAAGCUAAAAAAGAAGUGUUUCGGAUUGAAGAUGAUGUAUCAUCACGCAUAAGCACUGCACAGGUUAUUGUUUCGCUUAGCAGUGCUGUUCGCCAGCUGAUAGACAACUCACUCGAUGCUUCAGCACAAUGCAUUGUUCUUGAAGAGAAGUUUGCAGAGAUUCGUGCUAAAAACAGUGGAUAUGAAAGCGUAGAAGUCAUCGAUGAUGGCACUGGCAUCGAUGCGGGAAGCUUUGAAUCACUCUGCAGGCCACAUUCAACAUCUAAACUGAAAGGUAUCGAUGACUUCAGCACACUGUCAACCCUUGGUUUUCGCGGAGAGGCCCUGAAUGCACUCUGUGCUAUCGCUUCACUCACUAUCAUCACGCGAUCUCGAUCUGCUACCCUUGGCACCAAGCUCCGCUUCGACCACUGUGGCAGGAUAGUAGAUCAGUCACCUGUUGCACGAUCGAUAGGAACUACUGUGGUCGUAGAAAAUCUGUUUGAGACGCUCCCCGUGAGGAGGAAAGAAUUUGAGAAAACAGCAAAGAGGGACUUCGGUAGGGUUCUGACUGCUAUUCAAUGUUUUGCCCUAUCCCGACCUGAGGUGAAAUUCAUAUGCAGCAACGUCAUUGCGGGAAAGAAGUCUCAACCCAUUUGUACUCCGGGAAAAGUCGGUGUGCGAGAGGUUGUGAUCAACUUAUUCGGAGGUCGAGCCGAUAAAAACAAGAUGGUUGACGUUGUUCGCUGUGUUCCAACUGAAGAUAUCGCGCUGAUGCACGGCGUCGAUCCUAAAAACACUUCAGCUUAUGUAGAUAUCGAGUUCACUGGCUUUGUUAGCUCUUGCGAGCAUGGCUAUGGGCGAAGCUCGACUGACCGACAAUUUAUAUAUGUUAACCAAAGACCUGUGGAUUAUUCCAAGAUUUGUCGAGUAAUUAACGAAGUUUACCAGCAGUAUAAUCGAUCUCAAUACCCCACACUCGUACUGUACAUCAACGUACCUGCAGCUGAGAGAAUUAAUACGCACAUAACCAAUGAGACGUAUGAGAAGUCUUCUACGGAUGCAGCUGUAAACAACACUGAAAUUGAUGCUCCUCUAGCUAGCACUUCUUCUGAUUCAAGACCUAUCAAGGAACGUACACCCAAAAAAGCCGGUAAAUUGAUGAAUUUGAGCAGAAAGGACAGUGUGUUCAUGGAAAAGAUGGAGAGGACCAUGGAUGAGGAAGAACCUUCAACGAGUGCCACAGCUUCAACAAGGAAAGAGCCUACCUUGGAAGGCGCUAUAACACUGUCACAAUGUGUGGAGCAGUCAACUACAUUUAUGAGAACGCAGCAAUUGGUUUGUUAA